UUUAGAUUAUGAAAACACCGUUUCUCUGUAACGCUACUUAAAUGCAAAGAAAGAAGCAUAUAAUCUUGGUGAUCUUCGCCCUUCUGUUACUCUCAAAUGAUUCAUCAUGUAACCACAGGGCUGAAGACGCAACAAACACCAAAAUAUUGUCAACACUUUCCAAUACGUCCACAACAAUACGGUCAAGAAAGCACAUGCAUGGUUCUUUUGUGAGCUCCAGCACACCAGUAGAUGCACUAGAAUCGAUUUACCUCCCACCUUCCAUGAGGGCAGCAAUGCAAGUUUCCAACGCUAUGGAUUUAAUGCGUUUUACAGUGUGCCCUGGAAACCGAACUGAGUGGGUAAAUGGCGUCAUGCGUACAUUUACGCAUUAUUUGUGCCCCAACAAUCUGGAACACCCAGAGAGGAGAUAUUGUUGCAUCGACCUACGCAUCGGAAUCAGUUAUUGCUGUUCUCUGUCUGCAAAUGCCACUGUUGUAAUCGUCUUGGGCCUUCUACUCGGCAUACAGACGAUAUUGGGUGCAUUGCUGCUCCUCUAUUAUUAUUAUCGUCACAGAAGAAAGACCAAGUCGUCGCCGUCCCACACGACGACAGCGGAUACGCGAACCAGAGAACCGCCAGAGAGCAAUCACGUCUUCAGGUCGUCAACAUUGGUAGUUCACGUGGAUCACGCUGGGACAGUAUACCCGGUGAAUCAGCCCGGCCCAGUCAGCAAAUCGAAAUUGAACGCUGGCAGAAUGGAAAAAAGAUCGGAACUUGACAACCCACAGUGGCAACCAACGCAGUCAAUUUCAUCAAUCAACGCGGCUCCACCUCCAUAUGUGGUCGAAGGAGCUGGUACAGCCAUGUAUCCACCACUACCUCCCUACAUGCAGGGCCCAGAAGAACAGAAUCGUUAAAGACUCGCAUUCACUGCAGAAUAUUAUCAACUGUUUCAGGUCACACUUAUGCCACAUCCGAAAACCGCGGUUGCUGUCGGAUUUUAGAAACUGGGCAAUUCUGCCUAUCAUUCUGUUCUGUAACCACCGUCAGCAUCACAUUCGAGAUACUUUGCUCUUAUUGUCUUUCGCUUAGUUACUAGACAUUUUUCACCCCAUCCUUUCGGGUUUUAUUGUCCACGCAGGCGCAGUCAGAACACCUCAUAGAUGACCAAGCGCGACGAGGUGCAGGAAGACGUGUGGUACGCAGUUCCCCUUAGAUAAAUUUCUAAUCAUGUAAUUUUCCACCAUGACUUUUCGUUGUAACUAAGCUCUGUUCAAACGUGUAUAGCCUCCGUUUGCAAGAUAUUUCUGUUUGGUCAAUUGACCACAUCCUUUUCAUCAAUUGUGACUGUACAUCCAGCUUGAAUAAGAGGAUAUACCAAAACAUACAUUGAUCCCC